AACGCUGCCACGGGUAUGAUAUCUCCAUGAGACAGGCCCAACGAGCUCUCAUUCGGUUGCAGCAACAGCACCAUCCGGGACAGCUGCAGGAUCAAGACGAGGGCGACGAUGAACAUGAACCUCUGGAUCCCCACCAGCCUCCCUCCGAGGGGCCCGGGGAGAGUUCGACUUACAGCGGGAGCGGCCUAUCCGGACAACGAUGGGUCCCAGAUCUCCAGACGGGCCUCGUCGAUCCAAACUCCCUCCCGCAAGGCGAUCUCCAACGGGGAUCGACUAUUCCAACCUCCCAAUUACACGGCGGAGGCGUCCCGGCACAUCCUCCAAUGCCGCACCCUCAUCACGGCCAACCAAACCCCCAAAUCCUCCACACGCCGGAGAUGCCGGCCCACGACCCGACCUCUUUUGGUCACCCCGUUCACACACGAGCCAACCCACAAACGUCCUACGGCGUGCCGACCCCAAACCAUCCACCACCACCACCACCAACCCAUGCGACACGAUCCAACCCCCAAGGACCGACGCCGAGUAGCGGCCACCCAGCCGCUCCCCAUCUCGUCCUGACGAACUUCAAAAUUGAAUUCACCUGCACGACGUGCGGGGCCCUGAACCAGAGUUUCUUCCCCAACCAAGGCAAUGUCACAGGCGGCAGCUACCUAUCCGCUCACGCUGUCUCGGAGCCUACGGCGGUAGCUCGAGGCACCGGCCCGUUGACGCAAGCGGUGCCCAGGCACCAUGGCGAGCGGGUGGACGACAGCCAUGGGUACGGAGGGGACAAUGGCGGGCAUGCGCGCGGCGUCCAGUCGUCGUGGGCGGCCGGCACCCUAGAUGUUCCAAUAGCACCUGCACAUACAUGAUGGCUGGCUACUGGCAAGAGCCCGUGAGCCUUGUAACAUCUGUCAUCUGUCAUCUGUCCUCAGGGGGCUCUCCCUCCUCCCAGUUUUCUUUUCCUCUCCCUCGAUCAGCAGGUCUAGAUCUUUCUUCCAACCAGAAUUCGUU